AUGUCCAAGCUGGUAAAACAAUGGUGUACACACAAGACCGCCAAUUUUGAAGGGAUAAAGGGUGUCAAGUAUAAUCCAAAUACUGGCCUCGAGAGCGCGCUUGAAGCCCUCGAUGUCCGUGUCCGAACCCUCGAGCGGAUUUCCUGCUCCACGACACUACCCCCUAUGCUGAAGCCAACUUGGGAUUCGCUCGAGUACCGGCUCCGCUACCUAGACGACAAGAUUCGAUCGGCCACCUUGGAAGUCCCCACAGCCAAAACCAACAUCCCAAGAGAUCUCGAGGUCGUCAAGUCGAUGGCGAGCAGCAUUUUCGCCCGUAUUGUGGCUGCAGCUCCUGCCAUCGAGUCCUCCAAGGUAACAGACGACAAGGAUCGCGACAGCGGUGAACUCGAUGAGAUAGCCCAGCGAUUGUGUUAUAUCGCUGGUCAUUUCCACCGCAAAGUCCGGGACUUCGAGGAGAACACCAGCCAGCUGUACGAGUUCGUCAUCACGCUGUCGCUCUAUGCCGACUCUACGGGCCUCCAAACCCCUAACUUUGGUCCCGUAGGUCCUGGCCGUCACCCGCAGAGAAUGCUCGUGGGUGGUCAUCCUCCACCACCACCACCACCACCACCACCACAGCUUCCUUUCUCUUCCAAGGGCUGCUGCGGCUGCUGCGCCUGCUUCUGUCACAAUGCCAAAAACACGUCGAAGUCGGGUCUCACUAAGCGGAGUCUCGAUCGGCUGGAUAAGCGCCGCUGGAGAGUCCCUGGGUUUGGGUGGCUCAAGAAGCUGCGGUGCUUCAGGUCGAAAGAACGGGCUGGGAGCGUGUACACUGCGUCAACUCGCUCGACCAUUGUUUGA